AGCAGAGCUGUGAGCUACGCGCGCUGUAGCGGGGUCCGGUUAAAGCGCGCGCUGACGGUGAGUUCUCACACACGCACGCGCGCGCGCGCACGCACUCGCCGUGAUUCCUGCUGGAUCUUUAUUACCAACUCGACCAAAGCUCCGGAGUAGCAGAGUGUCGUUUAUACACUGCAGCUGGCAUGAGCUAACAUGGAAACCAAACCUUUCCUUUCGCUAGGGUUCCUGAAAAGCCCAUGCUCAGUAGCACCACCCUGUGUGCAGGGCCGGCCGAGUGAUGCUGGCAGCUUGCCCUCGGGCUGCUCCUGCUUCACAGGCACAUGUCCACUGCACCAGCGCAGGAUAUCCACAGACUCAUCAGGCCAGCUGUCCUCGUCUCCUCUUAGUUCCCCAACUGGUCACCGUGCUGUUGGCCCUCACUCACUCCACCCGUCCCUGCUCACCCCAUCAUCCAUGGGCUCCACGCCGGGUCAGCUUCACUCACCUAUCAAUGGACUAGCAUCACCCUUCUCUGUCAUCAGCUCAUCCAUGGGCCAUCCCUCCAUCACGGGGCCUUCCAACACCAGUAUGACCUUCGGACCUAGUCUCAGUCCACAACUCAGCUCCUCCAUGACUUCAGUCAGCAGCCCGGAAGACAUUAAACCUCCUCUGGGCCUGAAUGGAGUCAUGAAGGUUCCAGCUCAGCCAACCGGCACCUCGUUGUCUCUCACCAAGCACAUCUGUGCCAUCUGUGGUGAUCGAUCUUCAGGUAAACAUUAUGGCGUUUACAGUUGUGAAGGCUGUAAAGGCUUCUUCAAGCGCACAGUGAGGAAAGACCUGACUUACACCUGCCGAGACAACAAGGACUGUCCAAUCGACAAGCGCCAGCGCAACCGCUGCCAGUACUGCCGCUACCAGAAGUGUCUGGCCAUGGGCAUGAAGAGAGAAGCUGUCCAGGAGGAGCGGCAGCGGGCGAAAGAAAAGAGUGAAGCUGAAUUGGAGCUGGCAGGCUGUGCCAGUGAUGACAUGCCAGUGGAGAAGAUUCUAGAAGCUGAGCUGGCAGUGGAGCCCAAAACUGAAACCUAUGUGGAAGGCAGCGUUGGUGCAGCUGCCAACUCUCCCAACGACCCCGUUACAAACAUUUGCCAAGCCGCUGAUAAGCAGCUCUUCACAUUAGUGGAGUGGGCAAAGAGGAUACCACACUUUUCUGACCUGCCUUUAGAUGACCAGGUCAUUCUUUUAAGAGCAGGGUGGAACGAGCUCCUCAUCGCUUCUUUUUCGCACCGCUCAAUAAGUGUGAAAGAUGGCAUAUUGUUAGCAACCGGCCUCCACGUCCAUAGAAACAGUGCACAUAGUGCUGGAGUAGGUGCCAUUUUUGAUAGAGUGCUGACAGAGCUGGUGUCUAAGAUGCGAGACAUGCAGAUGGACAAGUCUGAGCUUGGAUGCCUGCGAGCAAUUGUUCUUUUCAAUCCAGACUCUAAAGGCCUGUCUAACCCAACAGAGGUGGAGGCACUUAGAGAGAGAGUAUACGCUUCACUGGAGGCCUACUGUAAACAGAAAUACCCUGAUCAGCCUGGGAGAUUUGCUAAAUUACUACUCCGUCUGCCUGCUCUGCGCUCCAUCGGUCUAAAGUGUCUGGAGCACCUCUUUUUCUUCAAACUCAUUGGAGAUACACCCAUUGACACUUUCCUAAUGGAAAUGCUAGAGGCGCCACACCAAAUGACAUAGUGGAGCAGUGCCUUAACUUGCCCAUGGCAGUGCCACUCAGAAUCCCUGUAAAGAACAGUCUCUUGCAGUCUCAUGCACACAGGAGGCCAGGAUGAGAUGCAUCUCAGUGACACCUGCUUUAUCUGCUAAACAGCUUAUCUUGCAAUCCAGGAGACAAACAGAUUAGCUUUGGUGCUUCAUCUUUGGAAUUUGCAAAUCCAUGUAAUUACACAAAGACCAUUCAGUAUGGAGUGAUUCAUAAGGAGGCUGGAUUAAGAGAGUCAUAACAUGUAUGUUUAGGAGGAAAGCUGGCUGCACGGAUUUUAGAAGACCUUGUGGUCGAAACAAUUUCUUGAAUAUUCUGCCUCACAGUGACCUACCUCUGCAGUCCCCUCUGUUCACAAUGUCUAUGCUGAAACAGUUUCUUAUCUGUACACAUUCACGUCGGUGUGAGUGUAUAGGUUUGAUGAACGGAUGCAAAAUUCUGCAAUACCUCAUACACACCCCUCGGUACCACAGGACUCCUUUUUCUGACACCUCACCUCAUUGCUGCCUUUGUUAUGGACUUACUUUAUGUACUAUAAUAUUCAAUGUUAAUUUUGCAAUGUUUUUGCAAUGUUCUUUAAUAUUCUGAAAUUUACUGAUGAGAGAUGUAUAAGAAAGAAAUGGUUGUAUUUGCAGCACUUAACUGAUUUUAAUUUUUUUUUCCCCCAAACAGUGUUGAUAUUAGCGAGGCUGCCAGCAGUCGGUCUCUGCAAAGAACAGUGUUGUUUGGUUGUAGCAGAGGCGUAUAAAUGAUACAUUGGGCAAAAAUGAAAAUCAGGUGUGCUCUUUGCCUGAUAGAAAAAAGCAGUGGUUCUUUGUUGAUUUUGUAAAAUUUUAGGUGUUUGAUUAUCAAUUGUUUUGCCUUUAUAAUUAAUCUCAUUAAUGUAUAAGUAUUUCCAAAGACGUUCAUUGAAAUAUCAAGUGAUGAUUCCCAGCAAAGCAGCAUUUGUGCUAUAAAAAAUAUGCAAUUAGGCUACAUUCACAUUAAAAGGCUGAAGUGGCACAAAUCCAAUUUUCUUUCUUAAAUGAGACACAGUCUUCUCAGUUUAGAGUCAGGAUAAUAAUACGUGGUUCUAGCCAUGUAAUCAUAUGAGAACGUAUGAGGCAAGUCAUAUUCACCCAGUGCUACUAGCCUGUUAACUAGGAGAAAAAAAUGAAGAAAUUAGAGUAAUAGCUGAAAAGCCAUCAAAGGCUCUGCAUCUGGACUUUUUUUUUAUUUUUCAUUUAAUCAUAUAAUUGCAGCUGACUUGCCAGUCUGCCUCCAGAGCAGAUCUCUGUAAUGGCAGAUUGUGCUGCAAUUUCAUUACUGCAGUCUCUCAAAUGUUGUUCUUCGUGACACCUGGAUCAUAUCGUAUUAUUGAUUUCAAAAUAUGCUCAUGUAAGUCAUUUCAGAGCAGACGUCUGAGGUCACAUAAACACGAAUGUGACUUGUCAAGACAGAAGGCAGAAAGCGAGAGGUUAGUCUACCACCUGGUGUUCACAGGUGAUACUACAGGUUUUACAAUCUAGCGUUACAAUCAGAACAGAUUUAAAAACAAAUGAAUGAAUGAAUAAAUAAAUAAAUAAACACCGAAAUUGUAUAAGACUUGUAAUGUGAACAUAGCCUCUGUUUAGAGAAUCCAGAUGAUGGUCUGGCCUCAGGGAUGUGGGAGGUUUAGGAAGCGCUUUCUGCCACCUGGUGUUUCACAGGUGAUGCUACAGUUCAACUUUACACUGAAACAGCAAUCUGAAGAAUCCUUCAUUGUUUGACAGAGUUCAGACUUAGCAAGCAUUGCAAAAUAUCCAGACCUCAGGCUUUGUAAAACAUUUUUUAUCUUAUAGUAUUAAUCAGACUCUUCUUGUGCAAUUACUUUCUGUAUUAUAAGGAACAGACAGAGUGUUGUGAUGUUUGUUAAAAGGAACCUCUUACAAACUGAGCCAGACUGAAAUAAAACAGUGUUCUUACAUAGUAAAUAUACAGUGGAGAUGGUGGUGAUGAUGAUGAUGAUGAUGAUCAUCAUCAUCAUCAUUAUUAUUAUUAUUAUUAUUAUUAUACAUUUUCAUAAUCAGACUGUCCAGAAUCACAGCACAUUCACUGAGUGCUCUUUCACUCAUCAUAUAUUUAGCUCAAUGAGAGCAGAAACUUCCACUCAGGCACAUACAUGGUUUACAUGCAGUUUCCUCACAUUAAAUAAUAAUAAUAAUAAUAAUAAUAAUAAAACAAACCCCUAACAGUGGUGAAAUGUUAUUCACAAUAUAAGUUUUUAUCCUCUAGUCUUGCCUAAAGCCCUUCUCACCUGUAGCCUGAAACUAGGUUUAAAACUCUGGGCUUUAAACACCAGCAUAAAAUCAUAGGAAAAACAAAAAACCUCUCCUUACAUUUAUUGGAGUAGAGAUCCAAGCCAAAACUCUAAAAGGCCCUAAUCUCAUGGUUAAUAAUUCCAGGUGUUGGGCCUCAUGGAAGACAAACAGGGUUUAGUAGACCAACAGAGACAGGUGCUACACUUUCCCCAUGAUAAAGUUUUGGCAAACCAUGAGAGUUUGGUUGAAAGAGAAAUGUCUAUUUUUGUACAAUUGUAAUUUUAUCCUUGUGUUCCAGGUAUUUAGAUAAUUCUAUUGAAUGUUGCAUACAUUAAUUGUAUAUAUGUUGAUUUGUAAAAUGGAAGAGGUCUUGCCCUCUGAACAGGUUGCUGUUGAAACAUUUUCCCCAGUUUUUUAUCAUUAUUAUUAUUAUUAUUAUUAUUAUUAUUGUUGUUGUUGUUGUUAUUGUUGUUGUUGCAGUUUUCGCAUCAUUGGGCUUCACCUGGAAAGUGAAAAAUUUCAUUUUUAUAGAUCAGUAAAAUGAGAAUGGGUUGUGUGUUGUCAUAUCAUACACUGUUUAUUGUUGAAAAGACAAUUAAAUGCAGUUUUGAAAGUUACUUUCCUUAGUGCAUGACAGCUCCA